CGUGACAAGUCAGCCACCGGUCGCUUCUUGCGUAUUACAAGAGAGAGCGGAGAAAGACAUACUGUACGGGAAGCGCGUGUGGCUGGACGACGCUCUCUUGGGACCUCGCGACUUCUGAAAGAGCAGUCGCGACUUCAUCAUGAAGCCGAGGACACGCUGCAUCGCCCUGGGCGUCCUCAUCGUGGCCCUGUUCCUCACAGAGACCACAGGGGUUCCGACUGAGCCGUCGGUGGCGACGCCCGAGGCUUGCCCGGUACCUCAGUGCUCGGGACCGAAGUGCCGCGGCACCAAGCUGGGCCCGAACGGCUGCCAGGUGUGCGACUGUGACGGGCCCGAGCAGUGUCCCGUGGUGCAGUGCGCCCCGGGAUGCAUCGCCGAAGAGUCCGCACCAGAAGGACGAUGUCCCACCUGCGUCUGCAAUGCGCCGGCGUACAGCAACCGCGCGGUCGACGUGCCCUGCUUCACGCCCCUUCUUCGUGAGGCCCUGCGGCGCCUGGCCGAAGUUGAGGAGCAGCUUCACCAGUUGCGCCUGCUGACCCAGGAGAACGGCGUGAGGCUGCACAGGCUGUUGCCCCCCGUCGAACACCACCCGCAUCAGCAUCCGCCCCACCACCCGCAUCACCAGCCUCAUCAUCCGGCGCCACCACACGCCGGUAACCCGGAAGCCCCGCCCCCGCCCGCAGCGCCAGCUGGUGGCGAUGCGAAGCAUGCCAACAGCACCGCUUGAACAGUGUGACUAACACGAAUGCUCGAGUGCAAGCAUGACUUUACACUUGCUUCUGCGAUGAAGCAUGGUGCCUGAAGGAAGAACAUGCACUAAAGGUGUCGUCCCGUCGCAUGCGCCGCUUGCACUAACGUUGCCAAUAAACUUGACUGCCACUCUC